CCGGGUCCCGGCGUCGACCCGGAAGCAGCCCUGCGGUGGGCGGGAGAGGCCGGCGUUUGGGAGGGGAGGUCGCGCAGCAUAGCUGUUGCCAGGACGAUGGCGGGGACGGCGCUCAAGAGGCUGAUGGCCGAGUACAAACAACUGACGCUGAAUCCUCCGGAAGGAAUUGUGGCGGGUCCCAUGAACGAAGAGAAUUUCUUUGAGUGGGAGGCGCUGAUCAUGUUUUUUCAGAGACGUCCAUAUCGCAAAACAGAACAAAAUACACCAAACCCAGGGUAUGACUGCAGCCUCCUUCUGGACAGAUUGAAUCCGAGAAGACUAUAUGGGAGAGAACCCGAGUUUGCUACUGCCAUGGUUUCCCAAGGCGGAGGCCACCUGUCCUGUCCCCGUCCUUCCCGCGCUUCUCACCGUUGGUUUUGUACCUGGGAAUUAGUGGGCAGCACAGAGCACAAGAAAAAAAGAGCAACAAAAUCGCAACAAACCCACCGUCUGGGUCGAUCCCAGAGACCCCCCCUGGGCACCUGCUUCUGGGCGGCCGAGCCCACCUGCUCCUUUCCCCGGGGCACUCCCUGCAGGUUGCGCUCCCUAGGGCACCUGCUGUCUGUCCUGCUGGCGGCCCGCGACCGGGUCCCUCCCUGCUCACUUUGAAGCGGCGAGGGGCCUUCCUGUAGCUGGUGCUCCUCCCACACGUGCCUGGCUUGAAGCCCAGUGGCCGGGAGCUCGGCCUUCAAGAGCGCCCCGCACGGGUGUGUGGCCAGCCUCCUGCCCGGGUGAGCAGGGGGCGCCGACUGCGGAGCGUGAGGGCAGGAGGGACGUGGCGCCCCUCCUGGCCCGCCUGCUGGGUGCCCUGUGCACGUUCAGCAGCCUGAGCGCCACGGGGACCCAUCCCUUGCCAGUGGAGGGUGUCUCUGAAGCAGCGUACCUUUCCCUCUUAGGCCUCAGGUGGUCGUGACUUUGGGGAAUAAUCGUCCCUUAGUAAUCCAGUUCGAGUCCAAGUGCUGACGAGUGGUUUACAGUCUCCAUUACUUAGAGCCUUGUCAUACGUGUGUCGUGUGUAUUGUCCUUGUGCCGUGACGGACUUGGAAAGGAGAACAGGCAGCUUCUUCAGCACCUGCCACAGCCAAGUGACGUGCAGGCCGCCGUCCUGGAACACGCCCCGUGGGCACAUGGCUCACUCACACCCGGACACACCUGGGUUGCACUGCCGAGCCCGCUGGUCUCCCUGUGCCUUCAGCGUGCUGCCCGCAGCAUCUGUUGUUAUCCGGACACGCUUUGAAGUGGAAAGUAAGGAACGACGGUUUUCGUUUUAAUUUAGUGUCCGAGACUAAAGGAGCAUCUCUCCGAUUUUCACGGACUCUGCAAGUAACAUCGUUUUCGACGGUGCGUGAUUGCUGGUGCCACGUGGCCCUGGGCGCGGGGCGGGUCGGGCAGUUGCCCCCUCAGUACUCGCUGGGUAUGUAAUUCACCCAGGCCAGCAAAUCAGUGCGAGCUGUCGACGUGCGGUGUCCUUUCCGGAGCAGGGCGCGCGCGUCACGCCCUGCUCUGAUUCUGGUCUCAGAAAGUGAAAGUACGUCCUUCAGGAACGGCGUAGCCAUUAUUUUAAUUCAUUGGUGGACGGCAGUUGGCAGCCUUUGAAGAGUUCCGUUUGCUUUAGAUAAAUCUGUUUCCUUUCGUCUUGUGCUUUCCUUUUUCUCACCUGAGGAUUUCUGAGACGAGGCCUUCAGCGAGAGAGAGUGGGGCCGCCUGGAGCGGGGGCGCCAGGAUUUGUCCAGAGAGCGCACCGGCUCUGUCUGAGUGUCGUUUCGGGAGUCAGCCCGGUGGCGUUUUCCGGAGUCGGCAGGCACGCCCCUGCACACGCGGGCCCCCUGCCUGCUUGGCCCAGGCAGCGGGGCGGCCUGGAGGAGGAAGCCCUGGUUUCGCACCAGCAGCCGACCGGGGACAUUUGAAAACCGCUUUGAUGCUUGAGGUGUGGGAGCGCUUCAGGAAAUGUUUGGUCGCGCUCCUGAGGCCACGGACGACCCAGUGGGCUCUUUUAAUGUUGAAGAAAGCCCUAUGGUGAGAAACGCAGCCCUGAGCAAAUUCCGUUCGGUUCAUUCCAAAACGCCACCCAGACGUUCCCUCUUCUGACUCGGACGUGCCAGAGUCCCGAGGCGCGUGGGCAGGCGUUCCCGACGAGGACGGGGUUCCUUUCUAGGGGAGCGUCCGCCCAGCCUCCCGGGUUAGCCGUUCAAACUGCCUUCUACCCCGGACCUCAGCUCUGCCAUCGCUCGUCGAGCCUCCCAGCUUUGCCUCCCGGGGUGGGGGGGCGUGAGCGCCACGCUUCCGGGCACCUUCCGUCGGGGGCCUGGGGACGAUGAAAGGGGGGCUCUCAUCGGCUGCCUGGGGCUCCUCUACCGGAAGACGGACGCAUGGGGUGGUCUCCUCCUCGGUCCGUGCCAGGCCCGCGUGCAGAGGAAGGGGCCUCCAGGACGUCUGUUCAGGGCGCGGGGCGGCCUGGGACCGCCUCGUCUGGCAGCCAGGCGGUGGCCCUUGUCCGGCAGCCAGGCGGUGGCGGUGCUGGCUCCCCGUGCCGCCUGCAGGCCCUGCCCUGGACGGACACCGUCCCGGCACCGGAGCCGGCCCGGCCCCACACUCGACCCUCUUCACGUGGCUUCGCCUGUCCUGCUUUGACGCCAGGGCUCUGGGCGCUGUCGUGACCCCCUCCCCCCCGUUUCAUUAUGGUUUCUCCAAAAAGUAGCAAGGAUGCGGUUUUCAGAAUCAUGGUCGGUCUCUUAAGUUGAAAAAAAUGGACUCCAAAAAACACUUUUUACCUUGUUCUUUUUUUUUUAAGUUUUACUUAUUUUGAGAUAGAGCAUGUGUGUGCAUGCCGUUGGGUGAGGGGCAGAGAGAGAGAAAGAGAGAGAGAGAGAGAGAGAGAGAGAGAGAGAGAAUCCCAAGCAGGCUCUGCACUGACAGUGCAGAGCCUGAUGUGGGGCUUGAACUCACAAACCGUGAGAUCGUGACCUGAGCUGAGAUCAGACGCUUCACCCACUGCAUCACCCAGUUGCCCCCCUCCCCCCUUUAACAGGUUAGACCUUGUCCUUGUUCUGACUGUUUUGCCGGAGCCCGGCCCUCUUUCCCCUGGGACGCAAUCCUGGCAUCCACUGUGGUGGUGCCAGUGGAAGCUCUGAGGGACGCAAUCCUGGCAUCCACUGUGGUGGUGCCAGUGGAAGCUCUGAGUGUCCUCACCAAAUGGUAGAGAAGCCCUCUGUGCGGCUUCUUCGGGGAUUCUUUGUCUUUUUCCGUCAGUUGUGGAGAGAAAUAUCGUUCACGAUAUUUGCAAGUUUAUAUUUAUUUUACUGAAUCGAAAUAACAUUGACUUAAAAUUUGUGCUUUGAAAAAACGAUUUUAAAAAAAUGAAGGUUGUCUUGGAAUAAGCGUAUUUCAGUUAUCGUCUCCCGCGCCACGCCUCGCAUUCAUUCUUGAAAGGCAGCGUGUCUGCCGCGUCGCGCCUCCUGCAGCGACUAGGGCCCGGUCUCCACGCCGUGUUGACGUCGUAGAGCUCGUAUUACAGGUCGUGGCUUAGACAGGCACUCAGUCAGGCCCAGCAGCUCACACGCGGCCGGCUGUCGCCACACAUGUUCGGUGUCUUAUUUUCGAGGCUUAGGUAACCUGUCAGCCGCUCUAACGCGUGUUCCCUGGGGGAGGUUUGUAAGGGGGAGUCUUUCUGUCUUGAGCUGGGGCUCUGCCUCUCUGCUGCCCUCCUGUCGUGCACACGGGCCAGGAAAUAGUGUUAAUUUACACAUACGGUUUUAAAAUCUGAUGGGGCUUAGAAGCGGUUUAUUCCAUUUCUGCCAUUUUCCACGUGACGAGGCCAUAAAGCCAGGCAGACAGGCGUGCCGGUGACCGUGUGGCGUGGGCCGCGUGACAGGCACCCAGUGCAGGCCCACGGGUCAGGGCUGGCCGUGCGCGUGCACACGCCUGGCUGUGCGCGUGGGCCUGUCGGGGAUCACCUGUGUGCUUUUCAUCCGGUCCUUGAAGGUUACAGAAACCCCGUUUCUAAAGCAUACUUGAGGGCGCCUGGGGGGGCUCAGUCGGUUAAGCGUCCGACUCUUGGUUUUGGCUCAGGUCAUGAUCUCACGGGGCUUGUGGGUUCGAGGCCCACAUCGGGCUCUGCGCUGACAGCUCGGAGCCUGCUUGGGAUUCUCUCUCUCUCUGCUCCUCCCCCGCUCAUGUGCUCUGUUUCUGUCUCAAAUAAACUUAAAAAAAAUAAGAAAAGUAAAAAUAGCCUUUGAAGUAAAAAAAAAAACUCUUAACCCCUAUCAUUUAAUAUGAUAGUCUUUCUCUAACGGGCAUAAUCCAUAUCCUUACUUGAAAGUGAAAUGACGGCAAACAUACAGGGAGUUUACAAGGUCCUUGGGUUUUGCAGCUUUGCCCGGAGCCCUCUCCUCCGAUCCCGGCUCUAGAGAGGCUCUGUCUGCUGCCCCGCCCUUACCUUCGUGAGCGCAGAACCUGUGCCUGAGGCGUGGUCUCUGUGCUGGUACCUGGGACUCCAGCCAGGUUGGGGUGGGACAGUGAGCGUCAUUUUCCACUCAGGAAAACAUAUCGGCGGGGCACCUGGGUGGCUCAGUCGGUUGAGCGUCCGACUUCGGCUCAGGUCAUGGUCUCGCGGUCUGUGAGUUCGAGCCCCACGUGGGGCUCUUUGCUGACAGCUCGGAGCCUGGAGCCUGCUUCGGAUUCUGUGUCUCCCUCUCUGUCUCUGCCCCUCCCCUGCUCACAUUCUGUCUCUCUCUGUCUCAAAAAUAAAUAAAGAUUAAAAAAAAAAAAAGAAAAACGUAUUGGUUCAUCACUGUCAUGUAUUUAUUCAUUCAUUUACUUGUUUUUAAUGUAGAGGAAGAAACUUUCAAUAUAAUUUAUUGUCAAGUUGACUGACCUAUCGUGUAUCCAGUGAGCUCUUGGUUUUGGGGAUAGAUACCCGUGGUUCGUCGCUCACUUGCCCAUCGCUGUUACUUAACCUUUCCACGCGCGUUUGUGAAACACUAGGAACUUGCUCAGCUGGCCGCUGCAGUGAGACGCUGAGAAGACUACUUGCACUGUGUUUCUGUC